CGGUGCCUGGACCACAUGUCCUGUGGCUGUAAGGGGACAGUGACAGUGGUGAAAGUGGUGCAGGCCAGUGCUAAAAUCACUUUUUCUCCUCGACGUUACACCCAGAGGCUGGGAUUUUUUAAAUUUGAUUUGGCAUCAAAAUUCCUCAUCUCUGUUUCAUCUCCCAGCCUUUGGUACUUUCAGGCAUCUCCACAGUUUGGGCUGGCUGGUAGAAUUUACCCUGCCCAGGCAAUGCAGGGUAAAUGUUGGAUGUACCGAGGCCGGAGGCGGUGUCUGUGUGACCUGGCAGGUGCCGCGCGUGGCCACCUCGGCGUCGCUCCCCUGCGCGGGCCAGCGGCGACCGAGGCUGCGGGCCCCCGCCCCUGCGGAGAAGGCGGUGUCUCCUCCCUGCCGGCGGGGCUGGGCUGGGCUGGCCGGGCCCGGCUGGGCGGCCGCCAUCGCCGGGGAGCCGGGAUGGGGCUCGGGGGCUGGUGGCGGGCGGCGCGGGCCCUGCGGGCGGCGGGCGGCGGCUGGAGCCGGGCGGCAGCGCCCGGCCUCCCCUGCCGCAGCCUGUGCACCGCCGCGGCGCCGAAUCAGGAGCUCUCCUACCAGGAGCUCAAAGACUUGAAGAAGGCCAACGUCCUUCACAUUGAUGUGCGGGAGAGGUGGGAGAUCGACAGGUUUGGAAAAAUCCCGGAGUCCAUCAAUAUACCCCUGGGUGAAUUAAUGGAAGCUCUACAAAUGGACCCCACGGAGUUCAAGGAGCAGUAUAAUCAAACUAUGCCAUCCAAGUCAGACCCUGUGGUUUUCUCCUGUUUGGCAGGAACAAGAAGUAAACAAGCACUUGGUUUUGCCAUGUCCUUGGGUUUCAGUAGAGUUCAGCAGUAUGCUGGUGGCUUUGAUGACUGGGUAAAACAUGAACCUCCAGAAAAGAAAUGAAGAUGACAGCCCCACCCCUUACCCUAUCAAGGCUUCAGGAUGGUUUGGAGGUUUUAGCAAACCACAUGCAUUCCACUUCCAUAAUAAAGCUCACUACUGACUUCUUGUGUCAAUGGACAUUCACCUUCAAACAGCCAUGCAUAUCAACUGCUUAGUUUAAAUUAUACCUGAAGACUAUGACACAAACAGAGGACAUUAAAUUUGCUCAAUCUUUCAACCUUUAUUUUGGGUUAUGGUUUUGGUGAAUGCAUGUGACGAGACCCUAAGUGCAGAUUAUGUUUACUUUUUUGUAUGUAGUUUAUGACUGCUUAAACCAAUGAUGAUAGGACAAAUAAAAUUAUUAUUUCUCAAA